UUGGUAUGUCAGUGAACGUCUCCUCCACUAUUUGAUGUUUUUAUUUCAAUUUUUAAAUGAAUUUUGCACUUUUUAUCGCUUUAAUUUAAUUACCGUUGUUCCUAUAAACCCAUUCGAGGCCACCUUGUAUCGUUUUGACAGCUCCAUUUCGUCCAAUCACAGCGCGUGUCGUAGCGCCGCCCCUCUCGCAGCCAGCUGAGAUCGGAACAGUCAUCUCAGUUCUUUCACAAAAGUUGACACAUUUCCACCAAAAUGUCUCAAAAUUCCCACAAUCAUGCCAAAUUCCCCGUCUCUGUGUGAUCCCCCAUCGUCAGUGCAGCCCCUUUGACGUGUGGAACGAUGCCCGCAGCCCCCGAGACGGGACCCUCCUCAGGCAAUUGUUCCCAGCGAUAAGAACCUCUUAUCACCUGUCAGAUAAAUUUUCACGAAACAAUAUGUUACUGAGCGCUGAGGCGUACUCCUGAUAAACCGCAAAAUGAGUGCUUUGGAGGUGCUAGUGCGGGUGUUUUUCGUGAGUGCUUUGGUGGGCUUCUGCCGCCCGGAGGAGGCCCCCAUGACCAGAGCGGAGCGCCACCGGCUGAGGGAGGAGACCCGGGACAUGUUCUACCACGCGUACUGGGCCUACAUGGAGAACGCGUAUCCUGCCGACGAGCUGAUGCCCCUGAGCUGCAAGGGCAGGUUCAGGGGGCUCACCCCCAACCGGGGGGACAUCGACGACUGCCUGGGCAAUUUCUCACUCACACUAAUUGAUACUCUGGACUCUUUAGUGGUGUUAGGUGAUUUAGAAGAAUUCGAACAUGCCGUCAAGCUUGUAAUAAAAGACGUUUCGUUUGAUAACGAUGUCGUCGUUUCAGUUUUCGAAACAAAUAUUCGGGUUUUAGGUGGACUUUUAUCAGCCCACAUUUUGGCCGAUUAUUUGCAACAAAGGGACGGGAUUAUGCCCUGGUAUAAGGGCGAACUUCUCAACAUGGCCAAAGAUGUGGGCUAUCGGCUUUUACCGGCAUUUAACACCACGACAGGAAUACCACAUUCGAGGGUGAAUAUGAAAUAUGGGUUAAAGAGCGAUAGAUUGGAGUCGGCGAGGGAGACGUGUACAGCAUGUGCUGGGUCUAUGAUUUUAGAGAUGGCAGCACUGUCUCGACUGACUGGAGAACCGAUUUUCGAGGAGAAGGCUCAUAAAGCGAUGGAUGAGUUGUGGAAGAUGAGACAUCGAAGUUCGGAUUUAAUGGGAACUGUUUUGAAUGUUCAUUCGGGAGAUUGGGUUCGAAGGGAUUCGGGAGUGGGAGCUGGGAUUGAUUCCUAUUACGAGUACUGUCUCAAGGCGUAUAUUUUGCUGGGGGAUAACAAGUACUUGCAUAGGUUUAAUCGGCACUAUAAUGCAGUCAUGAAGUAUAUAUCGCAAGGUCCGAUGUUGCUGGACGUGCACAUGCACCGCCCCCACACCAACUCCCGCAACUACAUGGACGCCCUCCUCGCCUUCUGGCCCGGCCUCCAGGUGCUCAAAGGCGAUCUCAAACCAGCCGUCGAAACCCACGAGAUGCUCUACCAGGUCAUGCAGCGCCACACCUUCAUCCCCGAAGCCUUCACCACCGACUUCCAGGUCCACUGGGGCAACCACCCCCUCCGACCCGAAUUUCUCGAAUCCACUUACUUCCUCUACGGUGCCACAAACGACCCCUACUAUCUCGAAGUGGGCAGGACCGUACUCACCAGUUUACAAAAGUACGCCCGAGUGCCUUGCGGCUAUGCCGCCGUUAACGACGUCCGGACACGCAAACAGGAGGAUCGGAUGGAUUCGUUUGUGUUGUCCGAAACGUUGAAAUAUUUGUAUUUGUUGUUUGCCGAUAAGGAGGAUUUGAUUUUGAAUUUGGAUGAGUUUAUUUUUACGACGGAAGGUCAUUUGUUGCCGUUGAGUUUGGCGGGGUACAAUGGUAAUAAGACUGUGAGCGAAUUGGAUGUGGAGGAGGGGGAGUUUGCGAGGAUUUGUCCCAAUACGUUACAGUUGUUCCCCGAAACGGUGAGGAAGCCGUUACAGAAUAUGGUCGAUGGGAUGUGUCCCAAGAGGAAUACGAAGAGGAGGCUGACAGCUGUCGAGUUCUCGGCCUCGAAUAUCAAUCAUUUGAAGAUGAUUAAGGAUAUGGGGAUCAACAUUAUUGCGUUGAGUGAUGGCCGGGUGCAGCUGCUACACACGUUUUCAUCGGCCCGUUCGAGCGCCGACGCCGAAGAGGGCCUCCUCUUCAUGCAAGAAAUGAUGGAACUCUCGAAACUCCAAACCCAACAACUGGACGCCACCCCCCAAUCAGUCACCUUUCCCAUCAAAGACCAAACCCUCACAGUCCAGGCCUGCCCCUCGCAGUUCGGCAAGAACCUCCAAGGCGACCAGAAAAUCACCGCUCGCACCAUCAUCAUCCACCCGUUCCGCGCCUGCUCCGACCUCGUCCAGACCGAGGCCAUCAAGGGGAAAAUCGCCAUCAUGGAGCGCGGCGACUGCAUGUUCGUCGACAAGGCGCGCAAAGUGCAAAAGCACGGCGCCGUGGCCGCCAUCAUCAUCGACAACACACCAGGAAGCAGCGCCGCCUCCUCGCCGAUGUUCUCCAUGUCGGGCGACGGCACCGACGACGUCGCCAUCCCCACGGUGUUCCUGUUCGCCCAGGACGCCUCCAAGCUGCUGUUCGCGCUGAGCAGGGACCCCAGCAUCGAAGUCACCAUAGGCGAGUAUAAAAACGAAGGUGAGGCGUGGGCGCACAGCGAGGAGGAAAGUAUGUUUCAUAAAUUGAAAGUCUCCGUCCAGGAGUUUUUGAAUAAACACACCGGGAUUGCGUUCAGUAAGUCGGUCAAAGUUGGCGCGUUUAGGGCGAGUUUAGGGUCUGAUAAAAUACGGAUAACGUACGAGGAGGGCGAGGAGGGGGGGAAGGUCGCCGGGGUGGGGGAUACAGUGACCACGCCCCAGUGGGUGCAAGUCCGUAGGGAUUUGCUCAAGUCGAUUAUGACGUCAGAGGGGAAGGAAUUGUACGUCCCUUUGAAUAUUUUGCGGAUUUAUUAUCAAACGUUAAGUGAUGAUCCGAUGGAAGAUAAGAGAGUACAAGAUACGGUCAAGCAGGCCGAGUGGUUGCUCAAUCAACUGUCCAUUGAAUUGGCCAAUAAGGACGCGUUGGUUAAACCGGAGGAUGGGGUUAAGGUGUUGUCGGUUUUAACCGACUUGGGUCAGUUGGCUGGGAGCGAUCUCGAGGAUAAGGAAACACUAAAGGCGCUGAAUUCGAUUCUGGAAAGUGUGGCCAAGGAUGUUAAGUUCAAGAAGGAACAUUUGGGUGCGGUUAUGAAGAAGUUGCAAGAGGCGGAUGAUGAUUUGGUGGUCAGUGAUGUUAAGCCCAAAGAGACGGACAGGGAUUCUAGUGAAAUUAAUAGUAGUGAUAGUGAACAUAUUCAGACGAAAAUCAGUCACGCCGUUGAUGAGUUAUGAUGGAGAUAUUUAUAAUUUUUGUUGAUUUUUUUUUGAUUGGUCUCAAGAGGAGCAUUUCUGUCCUAUACCCUACUUUAUACAACUUGUACAUUGCAUCAUGUAAAUAUACUCUAUUUAUAAAGCUGAAUGUAUAAAAAUUGUGAGAAUAUUUUUAUAUUAUUAUAUAAAAUGUUGAACAUAAACCAAUAAAUUUUAUUACAAA